AUGGAGAUUCUAUCAUGGAAUAUCAGGGGUACCAAAGACCCUAAGAAAUUCAGGGCUUUGGCGUCGAUUAUUCAGCAGAGACGUCCUAGUAUUGUGUUCUUGAUCGAGACAAAGUGUAGAGACAAGCAAGCAUUCGAACGGUUCCGCAACGAUUUGGGUUUCCGUCAUGGCAUAAUGCAAGCGUGUUCUGAUAUGGGUGGAGGAGGUUCUCCUAACUGGUUGGUGGUUGGUGAUCUAAAUGAAAUCAUCAGCUCGAGGGAGAAAUCAGGAGGAGGUCUUCGUCCCUCAAGGCAAAUGGAUGCGUUCCAAACAGUAUUGGAUGACUGUACUCUUACAGUUGCCACGCAAGCACAUAUUCAGGCUCCAAUUCAGUUUCCAUCACGCAGAACCAGAUUUCGGUUUGAAGAGAUGUGGACGAAGGAUGAUUCUUGUGAAGAAGUGAUCCGGGAGAAGUGGCAGACGGAUAGGGAUGGUUUCGAGCAGUUUCGGUUGCAGGGAAAACUUUAUAGCACGAGGUUGGGUUUACUCAAUUGGAAGAGGCAGACGAUUGCUACAAGAGUGAUUGGAUACUCUGCUGGAGCUGGAGGACACUUUUUGGAUGCAAAGGAAACUACUUGGUUGAAGGAUGGUGAUAGGAACACGCGUUUCUUUCAUCAAAAAGCAUCUAACAGAAAGCAGCGAAAUUACUUAAAGGGCUUAUUUGAUUCAGCUGGAGUUUGGCAAGAUACUCCAGGAGGUAUCGAAACAAUUGUUUUGGAUUAUUAUAAUUCACUGUUUCGAUCUACAAAUGUUUCUGAUGUGCAAAGGGAGCCGGUUCUUUCUUCUUUGGUACCGGUAAUAACGCCAAACUUGGGUGCCUCCUUAUUACUUGAAUACUCUGCGGAUGAGAUUAAACAAGCCUUGUUUCAGAUGUAUCCUACAAAGUCUCCAGGUCCAGAUGGUAUGCCUCCUCUGUUUUUUCAAAAAUAUUGGCAUAUUGUAGGUGAUGAUAUUGUGACUGCUGUGCGUGAAUUUUUAUCUACUGGUAAUCUGUUGAAAGAGGUUAAUUUCACUCAUAUUUGUUUGAUUCCAAAAGUGAAAAAUCCUACUGAAAUGUCCCAUCUUCGCCCAAUCGCCCUUUGCAAUGUGGUUUACAAGAUUUGUGCAAAGGUGCUUGCAAACCAUUUGAAGCCUAUUCUUGAUCAGAUAAUUUCCCCAUAUCAGAGUGCUUUUGUUCCUGGUCGGUUGGUAACAGAUAACACUCUGGUUGCUAAUGAAGUGGCUCACUACCUAUGGAAUAAGAGAGAUGGAGGUGGAGGUCACCUUGCUCUAAAGCUUGACAUAAGUAAGGCCUAUGACAGGAUGGAAUGGGUUCAGGUUGUGAUGGAGUGUGUGACUUCUGUUCAGUAUUCUUUUCUUAUCAAUGGUAAUCCGAGAGGCUACAUAACUCCAACAAGAGGUCUCAGGCAAGGAGACCCUCUUUCUCCCUAUUUGUUCCUUUUAUGUACUGAAGGGUUUUCCUCACUCAUUCAAAGGAUACACAAUAAUGGUUCUCUAGUGGGGAUUAAGAUAUGUAGAAGGGCCCCGGUUCUUCAUCAUCUCUUAUUUGCAGAUGAUAGUUUUCUCUUUGCAGAGGCUACUCCUGUCAGUUGUAUUCAGAUCAAGGAAGUUCUUGAAGUGUAUGCUACUGCUUCAGGUCAGUUGAUUAAUUUUGGGAAGAGUAGUGUUUGUUUUAGUCGUAAUUUAUCACUAGAAGGGCAGCAGGAUUUAAUGGAGUUAUUGGGUGUUGAUUUGGUGCCGUACCAUGAAAAAUAUCUUGGGUUGCCUACUCUUGUGGGGCGCUCCAAGAAGGAUACUUUCUCAUAUUUGAAGGAUAGAUUGGGGAAGAGGCUAGCAGGGUGGAAAGGAAAAUUUUUAAGUGGUGCAGGAAAGGAGUUAUUGCUGAAAGUGGUGGCUCAAUCUCUUCCAAACUAUGCUAUGAGUUGCUUUUUAUUACCUCAAACUUUUUGUAACGAGCUGCAGCAAAUCCAUCUUGGCCAAACAAGUUUGGAGAAUUAUAGAAAAUCCAAACUCACUUGUGGGAAGGCUCUACAAGGCACGGUUUUUUCAUUCCAAAUCUUAUUGGGAGGCUUCUUUGGGGGGGGCUCCUUCUUGUUCUUGGAGAAGCAUUUUGCAAGGCAAGUGGUUGAACUAGGCUCAAGAUGGCAAGUUGGAAAUGGUGCUACAAUUGCUAUUUGGGAGGACAUGUGGCUGCCUAGGCCUCAUGGUUUUCAGCCUUUGCUACCACUUAGGAGCCCUACUACUUUGAGGUAUGUUCACCAGCUCAUUGAUGUGGCUAAUGGUUGUUGGAAUGUCCCUUUAUUGGAGAGUUUAUUCCCUAGUGAGGAUGUGGAGGUUAUUAGCUCAAUUCCUUUGAGUUCUAGAUGUCCUGAGGACAAACUGAUUUGGCAUUAUGAUAGUAAGGGAGUUUUUUUAGUGAGUAGUGCUUAUGUUGUGGCUAGAGACAGUUUGAUCCUCCCAGUCAUGGCUACUUCUAGCUCCUCUCCUCAUCAGCUUAUUGAUACUUUUUGGAAGAAGUUUUGGAAGUGCAAGGUGCCGGGUAAAGUGAAACUUUGUUUAUGGAAAGCUUGUCAAGAUUUUCUCCCUACUAGAUCUAAUCUAGUUAAGAAGAAAAUGGAAGUGGAGCUUUUUUGCCCUUUAUGUGAAAACGAGGAAGAAACUCCUCUUCAUAUUUUUCGUUAUUGUCCUAUUGCAAAGCAGAUGACUCAUCACUUGUCUGGAAUUGUGGUACGUGAUUCAAAUGGUUCUUUUAUUUGUGGGAUGGCCAUUAGUUUUGAUCAGGUUUUUCCUCCUGUUCAAGUGGAGGCACUCGCUGGUCGAGUAGCUUGCAGGCUGGUUCUUGACCAGGGUUUGGGUCUAGUUCGUUAG